AUGCUGGUUAUUCUUGCGUUUGCUCCCUCGAAGUUGUUGGCUUUUUACGAGGACGACAACCUCAGACUGGCUGUCGGUGACUGGAUCCUCAUGAUCUGGUGCAUUUUUGCCAGUCUGGCUAUCCAAGUAAUAUGGACGAAUGUAUUCACUCGUGUCAGUGAGCGUGCAUACACAGCUGGCCCACUGUUUGGCGAACCCGGCUAUGAAGAACGAAUUCUUGAAGAAGAAGCAGAGAAGGCGGCUAAGCAACGAGAGACGUUUGUGCUACUGUUCCGUUUACUUGGCUAUAUGGCAAGAGAAUGGAAGUACUACGGGAUGGCAUUCACGUUUUUAUUUUGUUAUUCACUCAGUCGUGUGUUUAUUCCUUACUACACUGGCCAGGUGGUGUCGGCUGUAUAUGGUGAAGGGGCCUCCUACGAACGACUUCAUCGAACAGUUGGCAUCAUGGCCUUGCUCUCACUUGGCUGUGCUGUAUUCGGAGGCCUGCGAGGAGGUUCGUUCACUUAUGCUCAUGCCACUAUUGAUCGUCAGAUCAGAAACGACCUCUUCAGAGCGGUCACUAAGCAGGAAAUCGGAUUCUUCGACGCCAACAAAACAGGAGAAAUCUGCUCACGACUCACGGCUGAUUGUCAGACAAUGUCGAAUACCUUGAACGUGACCAUGUUGAUCGGCUCUCUGAUUUUUAUGACGACAUUGUCAUGGCGGUUGUCGAUGAUUACACUUAUUACCGUACCACUCAUGUUCUUAUUGAACAAAAUAUUCGGUGUUUGGUAUGACAAAUUGUCAGAAGAAACGCAGAAUUCCAUUGCACAAGCUAACGAUGUUGCCGAGGAAGUGCUUUCAGCCAUUCGCACCGUGAAAAGUUUCGCAUGCGAACGAUAUGAGGGUUACAGGUAG